GAGAAGAACUUGAAAGAGGAUGGUAUCCAGGCCGCCAAGGACAUCAAGCUUCUCUUGCUUGGUGCCGGUGAGUCUGGAAAAAGUACCAUCGUUAAACAAAUGAAAAUUAUCCAUGAAAGCGGAUUUACACCUGAAGACUUCAAGCAGUACAAGCCCGUAGUGUACAGCAACACGAUACAAUCUCUAGUCACUAUUCUCAAAGCGAUGCCGAAUUUGGACAUCAGCUUUUCGACCAAUGAACGGGAGACGGACGGGAAAAUGGCGUUUGACGUGAUCCAAAGAAUGGAGGACACGGAGCCAUUCAGCGAGGAGCUUUUGGCCGCGAUGAAGAGGCUCUGGGCCGACAGCGGGGUCCAGGAAUGCUUUGGCAGGAGCAACGAGUAUCAGCUCAACGACUCGGCGAAAUAUUUCCUGGACGAUCUAGACCGAUUAGGAGCAAGGGAUUAUCAGCCUACGGAACAAGAUAUUCUAAGGACCCGUGUUAAAACAACGGGUAUAGUCGAAGUCCACUUUUCCUUCAAGAAUCUUAAUUUCAAAUUGUUCGACGUGGGCGGCCAAAGAAGCGAACGUAAGAAAUGGAUCCACUGCUUCGAGGACGUAACCGCGAUCAUAUUCUGCGUCGCGAUGUCUGAGUACGAUCAAGUACUGCACGAAGACGAAUCGACGAAUCGAAUGCAAGAAAGCUUGAAGCUGUUCGACUCAAUUUGCAAUAACAAAUGGUUCAUCGACACCGCGAUUAUCCUGUUCUUGAACAAGAAAGAUCUCUUCGAGGAGAAAAUCCGCAAGUCCCCCCUCACCAUUUGUUUCCCCGAGUAUGCCGGGGCGCAAGAGUACGGUGAGGCCGCCGCGUACAUCCAGGCGCAAUUCGAGGCGAGAAACAAGUCAACCACUAAGGAGAUCUACUGCCACAUGACUUGCGCUACUGAUACAAACAACAUUCAAUUCGUGUUCGACGCAGUCACAGAUGUCAUUAUCGCCAAUAAUCUCCGUGGCUGCGGUCUCUAUUAGGAUAAAUAUUCCCGUCGCGGAGCCGAUCGACCGACACACACUCACACUCACACACAUGAACACGACAGGCAUGUAUUGCGAGAACGAGGGAGCGCGUGAGAAUGAGAGACUGCGAGACUGUCAGCUGCCGAGAGAGAGACCGAGUGACAGAGGGGGAGAGAACGGAUGAAAGAACGGGAGAGAGAGAAAGAGAUACACCUAUGUACCACCGCUACUACGACCGACCACCUGCGGAUAUCUUCUCGAUUUUUUUAUCAGACACCCUUUCGUGCGACCCCUUUCGACGUUUUACCCUGCUGCGACAAGCGAUUCGAAGUCGAUUCCGCAAGUGUUAUCCGCAAGAUGAUAUGUUGAAGUUAGGGUGGCUGCCCUGAGGGAAAUCCGCAAGAUUGCUGGCUAAUAUUGCAAAGAUGAUGUCAGCUGUGAAGAGUUGUUAGCACAGCGAUUGCUUCUUGCAAGAGAUAAUGCUGCUGAUUAUCUCUUGGGACA